AUGGAAAACCCUCUCGAGCACAAGAUCUUGAAGAAUCAUCGUCUCGGCAUCAUUUUCAUCGGCAGCGCUCUCAGCACGGGUCUGCUUGUGGGAUCCGGCUUUGGACUCGCAAGAAGUGGCCCCGCCGGUAUUCUUCUAAACUACAGCAUCAUCGGUUUCGUUGCCUUCCUGGUCCUAUCAGCCUUGGGGGAGAUGAGUUCAUUUGCGCCCAUGCUAACUGGGGCCGGUGGCUACGCAUCACGCUUUGUAGACCCUGCCCUUGGUUUCGCCACGGGGUAUUGCAAUGCUCUAAAAUACCUUCUGUCGACACCGAAUCACCUCGUCGCGGCGUCGCUAAUAAUGAAGUUCUGGGUUGGAGAUACAGUCAAAUCGUCCGCGAUUGUCACCGUCGCCUUGAUAGUGGUCUUGAUAAUCAACUUGAUCACGCUCAAAGCCUUUGGGGAAUUCCAGUUCUGGCUCGCCUUGUUGAAGAUGACUCUUCUGUGCGGAACGAUUGUCUUGAUGCUCAUCGUCGCACUGGGUGGCGGACCCAAUCGCGAUCGACUUGGGUUCAGGUAUUGGAAAAACCCUGGUGCCUUUGCGGAUUUCGAUGUCUCGGGACCUAGGGGGAGAUUCUACCGGGCCUGGAGUACGAUGGUGCAUGCUGCCUAUGCAUUUGGUGGGACGGAACUGGUGGGAGUACCCGUCACCGAAAGAAAGAACCCAAGAACUGCGAUGGCCGGGGCAGUUCGUUUGACCUUCCUCCGGAUCUUCUCGAUCUUCAUUCUGUCAAUUUUUCUCCUGGGAAUGGUCGUUCCAUACGACACUCCCAAGCUGGCAUUUGCGUCCAGCUCCCACACCACUGCCGCUGCGUCGCCUUUCGUCGCGGCGGUUGAGCUAGCAAAUAUCAAGGGUCUAGACCAUGUGAUAAACGGUUUAAUGCUGAUAUUCAUCACAGCUACUUCCACUACCGACUUCUUUCUGGCCACCCGUACGAUCUAUGGCAUCGCGCUGGACGGGAAAGCACCCGCCAUUCUGACUCGAACGAAUAGUCGCGGAACCCCAGUUUUGGUGGUCGUCAUACCUUUUUUGUUCUCCUUGCUGGCAUACCUGAGUAUGAGCUCGAACACCCAAACAGUGUUCAGUUAUUUGAUGGAAAUGAUCGUUGGUUUUAGCGUUCUCACUUGGAUCUCUAUCUUAACGACACACAUCGCCUUCUGCAGGGCUGUCAAGAUUCAAAAUAUUCCUUCCGACCGCUUCGCAUACCGGGCGCCGUUCCGCGAAUGGGGAUCCAUGGUCGCUUUGGUUUUUCUCUGCAUCUUCAACCUGGGUAAGGGCAGCGAGCUAUUCACUGGCAAGAAAUUCAACUACCGGAUCUUCAUCGUUCAGUACAUCGGCAUCCCCUUCUACCUCCUGUGUGUCUUCGGUUACAAGAUCCACCAGGGUACUCGCCGCGUCAGGUCCAUGGAGGCCGAUUUGAGCACGGGCGUUUCUACCAUUCCUUACGAUGAGGAGAAGGCCCGGAAGAAGGAGGAGGAUAGGAUCAAGCUGGCCAAUGCGACAGGUCUGAAGCGGGUUUAUCGGCGGUUUUUGUCAUGGAUUUUCUAG